UGACGCUGAAAAAGUGAACAAUGCGAGCAUAGCUGUUUUGCUUGUGACAUGCCGAGGCCUGGGUUACAUCAUGGCACUGUCAUAAUAAACAAGCCCAACCGGGUCAUGCAAUGGUGUCCCAGUUCUUAAUCCUUGAAUCAGAUUUUGCACAAGGGAGUUGUUUUGCUGCUGGUGCACCUAGAGAUUUCUCAAUUCUCUCUCUGCCUCCCACCCUCUCCUCUUGGGGCUUUCCUAGGCUUACACCGUGGUGCUCAGACACAAGCUACACGUCUUGAGUUAGCGAGGACAUAUUAAGGGAGGUGGGGUCUGUGCUCUUUUGGUGUGAGUGAGUAGGAGGUGUUUAUUAUUUCUGACAGAUGUGGUAGCUCUGACUCAUAAGCAGAAUUUCGAGCAGCAACUUCAAGUAAUUCUGUUUUAUUUUUAUUUUUUUAAUACAUAUAUACUUAAAAAACUGAUCGAUGCAGGUCGGAGCAGACCAGAAAGGCAAAAUAAUAAGACUUGUUGUUCCCUUUGUACUUCCUUAAAAGUCACCUUCGAGAAGCUGCCAGCCUUGGGAUCUGAGGGGGAAGAUGAGGAAACCCAGUCUGCUAUGGAGAAGAAAGACAGUCAGGAUCCUGGUAGCUUUAAUCCCAUUGACGGUGGAGAGCCAGUCAGCCCAUCCGAGUAUCCCCGCACCCGGAGCCUGAGCCCAGAGCCCAGUGCAGGAGAGCAGGAGCAGGACUGGCCAGAGAAGGAUGAACACAUGUCCCAACAACUUCAUGGUCCCUGUGAAGACCGGGCACAGGAGUCAGAGCUGGAGGGGCUCCGUUAUCUGAAAGGGCUGGAGAGAGACUCGCUCAGUCCGGCCAGCUUACCAGAGCGUCUACAACAGAACGGUACCCCCAUAAUCUACCCGGCAGCUCCAGAGGAGGCGUUCCUCCCCUGCAGAACCCCUGUGAGAGACGUCUCGGAGGGCAAUGAAGCCUCGCCAAGGAACCCUGAAGGUAUUCCGAUUUGCCCAUACUGUAACCACGGAUACCGGAGGGACGGCUCCCUACGAGAGCACAUUAGGUUCUGUCACAAGCGGGAGGACAGCAGUCUGGUUUGCUCACUGUGUGGCUACAGCGCCUCCUAUCAUGCACAGAUGGAGAGGCAUAUGGAGUUACACAGCCAAGCACAAAGCCAGCUCCCAGGACUUGAGCAAUCUACAGAGAACAGGAAGUUUAAAUGCUCGCAGUGCGGCAAGGCUUUCAAGUACAAGCAUCACCUGAAAGAGCACCUUCGCAUUCACAGCGGGGAGAAACCUUAUGAAUGCUCCAACUGCAAGAAAAGAUUUUCACAUUCUGGAUCAUACAGCUCCCAUCUCAGCAGUAAGAAAUGCCUAAGUGGAGGGAGCACCAAUGGCGGGGUCUAUGGUGGAAUGACAGCCAGCUUAUCGCCCAAGUCUCCCUCUUUGCCCCUGAGCCUGACACCCACAAGAGGGGCCAAAAGAGGCUUAAGGGAGUCCCUCUCUGACCCAUCCUACCCUUUCAGGAUACAAGACCGAUCCUUGGAUUACAAGCACGUUGAGGACUCUCCAAAGGACAAUGCAGGCGUACAGGUGAGCAGGGAUAUGGGUCUAGAAAUCCCUACACUCCAGAAACUCCCUCACUGUGUGCCACUCUUGCCUUUUUUAAAUCCAGGGAGAGAAUAUGAACACAUGGUGAGUGCAAUACUACAGGGGAGUGGCUAUGGUCAGUCAGCAGAUUUUACCUCCUCCAGAGGGAUGGGAAAGGUUUUACAGGAGUGCCAGGAGCAAAUGCACAAGGAGAAGCCCGAGCCAAACCGCAAGCCAUCAGACCCGGUCGAGCCCCAGCCAAGUGUCAUCCCCUGCAGAUGGUGUUCUCAGCCGUUCCCAAACAGAGCCAUACUGCAUCAGCAUGAGAAGUACCUCUGUAAGAUGAAUAGAGGGGCUGUGGAGGCAUUUAAGGGCCCCAGGGAAUGUAGGGAAAAGGACGACUCUCGUGCUUUGAACUUCUCCAUCAAAAGCAACCUAGUUCAAGACAGCCAGAAAGGUUUCAAUACCAACACCAUGGUAAACGGUUCUUCAGAAGACCCCAAAAGAUUUCCUCACCACCAAUUUCCAUCCCGCACCUCGUCUCCGAAUUUACCCAGGCCCAACCUUCUUUGUUUCCAGGCAGAAUCUUCCCAGGAUAAUUCCACUUCCGCAAGCGCUCCGGUGAAGGAAUUGCGGAACCUAGAUUCCCUGCAAAGGCUAGCUUGUGGCUCUCCUUCCUACCUUGAGAAAAGAUGUUCAGCUGCCACCUACGAGGAGGCCUCGUCUCUGGAUCUGUCUAUCUGUCCACCUCUAAAGAAGAGCAGGCCUGCUCGCGAGAGACCUGCCUCAAGGGGACCUCAGAUGGAACCCUUGGACUUAUCUUUACCCAAACCCAGAGAGGAAGCCGGCGAAGGAUCAGACACAAACGGAAGCACAAACAGCACGUCCCCAAUUACUGCGAAGGACAGAACCGCAUUCCCAGGACAGAGAACGCCAAUAAUACAGCCGCAUUCUUUCGGAGUGAACUCUCUCUAUCGUAACUCUGUCUACAGUGCCUUUCCUUUUAUUAACUCUAUGUUGCCCAGUGGCUUGGUGAACCCAGGCCAUGAGGGCCUUCCGGGAGUCGACUUAAACCCAGCGGUUGCCGGAAUGACCUUUCUCCCUCAGAUGGCUUAUAUGUUUGAAGCAGAUCCGGAAGCUCUUUUGAAAAGGAUACAACAGGAGAGACAAGCCGCUAUGGGAGAGGUGCUAAACAGAGGCUGCCUAGACUACUUAUCGUUACUAGAGGACGGGAUAGAUGUGGAUUGUGGCCCGGGAAGAAACCGACUCAGGAAGACAGAAGAUGGCCUUUACGCCUGCGACCUAUGUGAUAAAACAUUCCAGAAGAGCAGCUCACUCCUUCGUCACAAGUACGAACAUACAGGGAAGCGACCGCACCAGUGCAAGAUCUGCAAGAAAGCCUUCAAGCACAAGCACCACUUGAUCGAGCACUCCCGCCUUCACUCUGGGGAAAAACCCUACCAAUGCGACAAGUGUGGCAAGCGCUUUUCUCACUCUGGAUCCUACUCCCAGCACAUGAACCACCGCUACGCCUACUGCAGGAAAGACCUGGACCCCAACUCUGAAGGGGCCGAGCUGAGGCAGGAGCCCACCCCCACUGACGAAUCCUCCUACACAGAAGAUGGGGACUUCAGGAGCGAGGAUUGGGAGGGAAACUGUCAGAACCUAGAGCACGAUGAACCAGCUGGCACAGCGGACCACCACGAAGGUGGAGAGGGCGAUGAAGAGGACAUCCCAGUGGACGAUGCCGACACAGAUCAGAGGCAUGAUCACAAUGAGAUGGAUAGCACAGAAGAGCAGGGUGAUACAUCACCAGUAACGGAAUAGUGCCUUCUCCUGCAAUAUACUCAAUACCGCGUAGCCAUUCUCAUUAGGAUUUAUCCAGUCGAACUCAAAUUGAACUACGGACUUGAGUUAUCAAACCCUUACGAGCAAGUGGCUUUAACGGCAGGCAUGGAAGCAUUUUCUGGCAGCUGUUAAGCAACUGGUUGAAUGUGAUAUUUUCAAGAUGUACCCCUUCAUUUCAGGCCGUUGCCCCGGGAAAGGUCUCCCACAAUGAGUUGCCAGAUCCCUAAAAGUGGCUUUCUGUGUCACAGAAUUUAUAAACAUAUUCCUUAAAGAAGACUAACCCCUGUAAAAUGAGAUAUUACCCAUUUUUUCAUUACAGACACAAUGACAUUAUGAUGCAUUAAAGACAGUCCAAAGAUGUUCCACACAAUUAUCAAUUGAAAACACUCGGUAGCCCCUUGACAACACUUUUUUUUAAAUCCCUCUGCUGAUUUCUUUGGUUGAUCUCAAAGGGUCCUCCACUGGCCCUGAUCCAUCUUCAUCUGUCUUUUCAAUACGGGUUUUAAAACCAUUAAACCAGAACUAUAUGAAAAUGUAACAAACGUGUACAGGGUUGAGUCUUUUUAAAUCUGUUAGGGACACAAUCGCAAAACAAAGUAAAGACUGUCCAUCUGUCAACAGAAACUUUUUCACCCCUGGAUCUUUCUCUGAUAGUUUUCAGGAGCCAUCCAGUCAUUCACGCUGCAUCACUAUCUGCAAACAAGAUCUUGCAAACGAGAUCCUGUUUAAUUAAAUAAAAUUACAGAACUGCGCAUUGAUCACGCUGGCGAGAACUGCUCCUUGGCUCCAUAAACGUGCAAAUACUAUGAAAAGUAGUAUUUUGUCAAUGCUGGUCAAUGCUCCCCGCAUCUUUUGGGCUUUCAUCCCUUUGCUCCGAACACUAGACACACUGCCUCUUAUAAAAUAAACUUAUAUCCGAGCAGGAACAGUUGAUUGUUUUAAUUUAUUUAUAGUAGAUUUAUUUAGUUUUUUGUUAUUACACAUUAUCUCCAAGCAUAUUGGUGCUAUACGUUCAAGAUAUACGGUAUGGUUAAUAGAAUUAGUUUUUUUUACAUGACUAAAAGACAGUCAAAGCUUUUCAUUGAAAAGUAAUAAACCCAUGUGGCUUAUUCACAUCAUAUCUAUGGGUAAUCCAGCUUAUACCACAACCACACAUUUCAGCAACUGGCAAAGGGAGGACAAGGCGUGAAUCUGUUCCCUCACCCCCUAAGAGAAAGGGUGCUCCCUCCAGUCCAGGGCAGGCUUGAGGCAUGGAGACUGAACUGCUC